AUGCUCUUUCUGCCGGCGCUAUCUUCGCCGCUCAUCGUAACCAAGCCUCUCGCCAACAUUGCCACUUUCCAACGUCUCGCCUUGCGAUCGCCCGUCUUUCGUCUACCAACCUGCACUCUCCAACCCUUCGUCGCAGUACCUCGUUCCAUCGCAACACUUUCACCCCUCACCCCCGCUCAAGCCAGCAUGCCUUCCGUCGCUCAGAUCCGCCAGCCCUCUCCUCCAUCUUCCGCCAUGCUCCCACCAGCCAAGCGUGCCAAGAUUGAGUCGGCUGUUGCCCCUUCUACCUCGGCUCCUGUCGAGAUCGAGGCCGUCGCUGCCGACUCUACCUCGUACAAAGACGUUACUGCCCUCCCCGCGACCAGCAAGAGUGACCGUGUCGAUGACCUCGACCCCAUCCCUGCGUGCACGUCUACGCUCGAGUACCGGAACGGCAUCUUCCUCGCCCCCAUGGUGCGCAUCGGCACGCUACCCACCCGCCUCCUCUCGCUCGAGUACGGCGCCGAUCUGGUCUGGGGCCCCGAGAUUGUCGAUCGCGCCAUCAUCGGCAGCGAGCGCAAGGUCAACCCGCACACGGGUGUCGUCGAGUAUCUCAAGGAGCACAAGCAAAUUUUCUCGUGCCACCCCAUCGAGCGGCCUUAUCUCGUCUACCAGCUGGGCUCCGCCGACCCCGACCUGGCCUACCAGGCCAUCAAGACCAUCACGCAGGCAGACGACGUCGCCGCCGUCGACCUCAACUGCGGCUGUCCUAAGCCCUUUUCCACACAUGCCGGGAUGGGCGCCAACAUGCUCUCCACCCCGAUCCUUUUGUGCAACACGCUGAAAGCCAUGCGUCGAGCCGCUCCGCCUCAUGUGGCUGUCACGUGCAAGAUCAGACUCAUGCCCACGCAGCAGGCAACGCUCGAGCUCGUCGACAAGAUUGUCCGCACCGGCGCCAUUGAGUGCUUGACCGUACACUGCCGCACCAAGGACAUGCGCCCGCGCGAGCCGGCGCUGCUUCACCGUUUGCGCGAGAUCGUCGACCACGUCAACAGCAUCGCCAGCGAGAUGGGCCGCAACAUCCCCGUCGUCUGCAACGGCGAUGUGUGGGAUGCUGCCACCGCUCCGCGCAUCAAGGAGCUCACCGGUGUCACGUCGACGAUGAUCGCACGUGGAGCUGAGGCCAACCCGUCGUGCUUUAGGCCCGAGGGCAACUUGAGCAUCCCACACGUCAUUGCGCCCAAGUGGGUGCGCUACUCGAUCGCUCUCAACAACCCCGUGGGGAAUACGAAGUAUUGUCUGUCUCAGCUGGCAUUCAAACCGGCGGAAGCGGGUAAUGCGACCAAGCACAUGUCCAAGAAGCAACUCUCUGUGCUGCGUACGGGCAUUGCGCAGUCCAAGACGCAGGAGGAGCUCGCCAAGGUGUUCGGCGUGGAUGCCGAGCAGGUCAAGUCGCAGGAUGUCGAGAAGGAGAUCUUGAAGGAGUUGAGGGAGGCCUUGGACGAGAGGGUCAAGCAGCGCGCUACCAGUCACAGUGGGUCUGGCUUCAACGGACAGCGUCUGGGAGCUGUGAUCGGCAACUCGAGCGGUGCAUCUGAGCCAUCGUCCGGUAGUGGCGGACAGCAGACCAACGAUGGUCACGCUUCCGGAUCGGACCAGAAGAAAGCGACGUCCAAUUCGCCGCAACCCGAGUGGAAGGAGCUACUCGCCAACGGCAUCAGCGAGAACAUUAAGGACGAGAAAUCCAUCCUCUACUACGCAUUCUCCACCGUCGAGCAGCCGGGUUCGGUGCACGAUGCGGCCAAGCCUCACGUGCGCUAUGUCGUCCACCGCGGUUUCGUCAACGAGAAGCGCGAUGGCGAGGCGGAGGGGGGCAUUGCGGGGCAGGAUCCGGCGUUCGGGUCGAGUCCGUGCCUGAUGACGACGACGGAUGUGCGCACACCCAAGGUUGCGCAGCUGACGAGCCAGAGCAGUCUGAGGUCGCAAGGCGAGGACAGCAGUCGUGGCGGAGAGUGCGAGAUCGCCUGGUGGAUCGAGUCGACGCAGAUGCAGUUCCGUAUCUCGGGAACGGUGCACGUCCUGCCUACGCCCGGCCACCCACUGCGCUCGCUGUUCCCCUUCGACCGCCUCUCGCCCCCUCGCGCCCCGAACUCGACCGGAGAAGCCCCCUUCGACUGGGACGCUGAACGCACGCGCAUCUUCAACAAGCUCAGCCCCGGCCUGCUCGCCUCCUUCUGUAAACCCACUCCAGGCACCCCGCACCCCUACGCCGACCGCCUCCGCGACGCUAACCCCAAGGACGACCUCAACUCACCCUGGCCGCUCGAACUACCCCAGCCAGGAAAGGAGGAAAACGACGAGCAGAAACGCCAGCUGCACGAGAGCGAGCAGAACUUCGCACUCGUCGUCGUCGAGCCGUACAAGGUCGAUCUGGUUAACUUGGCCGAGGACACUAGGACGGUGUAUGAGCUCGUCAACGGCGAGAGUGCAGCCACAGGUAGAUGGACCAGUCGCCGUGUCGUGCCGUGA